AUGGUGUGGUCAUUACUUGAUGGGUACGAGUGGACCGGUGGUUACGAGUGGAAAUUCGGAUUGUACUAUGUUGACCAUUUCAAAGCCCCUUCGACCAGAAUUCCAAAGAUGUCUGCAAUUUGGUUUAGGAAGUUCCUCAAACGAAUUAAUUAA